CAAAAAAAUAUUUACCUCUUUAGUUGUGUUCCACAACUGCUUUACUUUUCCGAAAAUAUGGAAGAAAACGUCUGUCGUGUAUCAAAAAACGAAAUCAGUUCAUUGAUGAAAGAGCAAAGGCAACUGAAAGCCACCGAAACUAAGCUAAAAUCCAUGAUUGACAAAAUCAACAACCAUCUCAACCAGCUGCUGGUCGAGGAGCUGCAACUCAAAUCGAGGGAACUGGGCCAAGAUUUGGCCACGACGAGCACGAGCAUGAGUCAAAUGAAACUGGACGCCGCCGUAACUUCCGAUCAGAUCAACAAACAGGAACUGGAUUUGAACGUCCAGCACAGCACGCUGCUCAAAUCAUUGGAAGAGAGCGAAGAAGAAGACGAGUGAUAAUUUUAAGUUGAGGGAAUGUUUUGCUGGAAACGAUUUAUUUUAAACUGACUCUAAAUAUAAGCUUACGACAAGAA